AUGCUUGCUAGCGCUCUUCGCCACUCCGCUGCUGGAGGUCACGGCUCGACCGCGAGCACCGUGUCGAAGAUUCCGAGCAUCGAGCGCGCCAGUCCGUACCUGCGCUUCAGCACGCUGCGCCUGCACCCACACCACGAGCCGAACUUCCGUGCCCGCCCGGCGGGGUGGAAGGGGUGGAACAGCAAGCAGUAUAUGGACCCCUGGGCACCCUACCCGCUGACAACGCCUGUGCGCCAUGUCGACCGUCAGUGCGCUGGCAUGUGGUUCGGCAUGGGCCACUUCGCGCUGAAGAACUUCUUUGGUCCACUACAUUGGAAGUUUUGGCUGCGCUUGUCGUUCUUGGGCACCAUUGGCUGGAUCUACUCCCUCCUCUCUUACGCGCUGCGCAUGCACCGCAACGGCUGGGAGUGGAAGAACCGCGGCGCCGUCUACUCCAUGGAUUAA